AUGGAGUGGAAGUUAGAAAGAUCUGCAGCCCCCAAAGUCAAGACGGAUGAAGAUGUCUUGUGGGAAAAAAUCAUGAAAACCCUUGGGAGAGACCUCAGGUGGACUAGAGAACAACACUCGCUCAACAGGACACCAAGAAAGGGCAUCGUUGACUCACAGCUGUUGCAUAGGAGAAACAUAUCAAAGCUGGAUAAUCAGGAGAAUCCAAUAACGGAGACUCCUAGCAAGACCUCUUAUUCAGAGUUUAAAAGCUGCAUAGUGAAGAAGCUGGCAUUCCAGACCCCCGUUGCUAGUAGCCCCAUUUCCACAAGAUGGCAGCAGGCAUGCACUGGAAACCAGGCAGAGCAAACAUCUGGAGAAUUUCCUCCUGCUAGAUAUUCCACCUUUGGUCCUGGUUCUGAUCUGAAAGACACAGCUAGGAAGAUCACCGCAGUUCCAGAGCAUUUUAAGACACUUCCUGAAGCCACAGCCAAUGAACCCAAAGCAUUUAUCAAUGCCAUUAGUUUGUCAGAAAAAAGUAAAUCAAACAAACAGAAGCACCUUCACCAGACAUUAACAAGAAAAGUCAAUUCAGAAAAAGGAAGCAUUAAAAUCUGUGAAAAACUUGAUUGCCCCUGGAAAGGUUGCAGGGCUGGGAGUAAGGACAUAUGUGAAGCUCAAGGCAUACCAACUCACACUGAGUCCUGUCCGUUGCAGCCAGCAAUUAGGUUUCAUGUCACAGGCUUGCGCAAUGACUAUUAUCUAAACAUCUUGGACUGGAGUCAACAGAACUUUCUUGCUCUUGCUCUGGAGUCUGUUGUACACAUUUGGAAAGGAGAAAGAAGGGAAAAGCUUAAAUGCAUACAUAUAUAUUCUGGUUCUGAAUACAUUGCUUCUCUGGCAUGGAUGAGAGAAAAUUCAUAUCUUGCACUUGGCACUAGUGAUGGAGAAGUGCAGUUGUGGGAUGUUGAAACUCAAAAGAAACUGAGAACUAUGUCUGGCCAUAAAUCUGUCAUCGGAGCCAUGAGUUGGAAUGGAUACGUACUUAGCAGUGGCUCAAGGCUGGGAUAUAUUCUUCAUCAUGACAUUCGAGCCCAGGAUUACAUUGGGAUAGUACGGCAAAGUAAACAGACUAUUAGCAGCCUGCAAUGGUCACCAGACACUAAACUGUUAGCAUGUGGUUCUAGCGAUGGCUUACUGAAUAUUUGGUCCCGUGAUCUAGGUGUGACUAUGCAGUGUACACCACUGACCACCAUACACCAUUCCUCCGCAGUCAAGGCAAUGAAGUGGUGUCCAUGGCAAUCUGGCAUAAUUGCCACGGGAGGAGGACUGCAAGACGGAUGUUUACGCAUCUGGAACAUAAGCAGCAUGAAAACCCUUGGGACUGUAAAUUCAAAAUCUCAGAUAUGUUCCCUGCUGUGGUUACCAAAUACCAAAGAAAUAGUGACCGGGCAAGGCCAUCCUCAAAAUAAGGUGAACAUCUGGAGAUAUCCUGUACUUUCAAAUUCAGCAGAACUUUAUGACCACAAAGGAAGAGUUCUGCAUAUGGCUCUGAGCCCAGAAGGAAACAGGAUCUUUACAGCUGCAGCUGAUGAUACAGCUUAUGUAUGGAAGUAUCAGAUGGAAGCAAGGAUGGUGGACCUUCAGCAGGAAAACCGUUCAAGUUAACAAUGAUAUAUUCCCACUGCUGGCUGUUCAAUCUUUAUCUAAUCCAGCACAGUGCAGAAAAUUACGAGGGUUGAAUGA